AUGCGUCUGGUACCUCUGUGUUAUUUGCUGUGGAUUUUUCAGGGUUCUUUGGGGCAGUUUCCCAGAGCCUGUGUCUCAUCCAAGAACCUGUUAGAGAAGGAAUGUUGCCCCAUAUGGAGUGGAGAUGGCUCUCCCUGUGGCCAGCUAUCAGGCAGAGGCUCCUGCCAGGAGAUCCACCUUUCCACGGCACCACAGGGACCACAGUUUCCUUUCUCCAGGGUGGAUGACCGUGAAGAAUGGCCCUCUGUCUUUUACAACCGGACCUGCCAGUGCUCUGGCAACUUUAUGGGGUUCAACUGUGGUGACUGCAAAUUUGGAUUCUUGGGGCCAAACUGCCUGGAGAGGAGACUGCUGCUAAGGAGAAGCAUCUUUGACUUGAGCAUACCUGAGAAGAACAAGUUCCUUGCCUAUCUCAACUUGGCCAAACAUACUAUCAGUUCAGACUAUGUCAUCCCUACCAGCACCUAUGCCCAGAUGAACAAUGGUUCAACUCCCAUAUUUAGGGACAUAAACAUUUAUGACCUCUUUGUCUGGAUGCAUUAUUAUGUGUCCCGGGACACACUGCUUGGGGGCUCCAAUGUCUGGAGAGACAUUGAUUUUGCCCAUGAAGCUCCAGGUUUCCUUCCUUGGCACAGAUUCUUCCUCCUGCUAUGGGAACAAGAAAUCCAGAAACUCACAGGGGAUGUGAACUUCACUAUUCCCUACUGGGACUGGCGAGAUGCUGAGGAAUGCACUAUUUGCACAGAUGAGUAUAUGGGAGGUAGUCACCCAACAAACCCAAACAUCCUCAGCCCGGCCUCAUUCUUCUCCUCGUGGCAGGUUAUCUGCAGCCGAUCAGAAGAAUACAACACCCAGCAGGCCUUAUGUAAUGCAACAGAAGAAGGACCCCUGCUCCGUAGCCCUGGAAACCAUGAUCGAGUGAGGACUCCAAGACUUCCCACAUCAGCUGAUGUGGAAUCUUGCCUAAGCCUAACUCAGUAUGAAGCUGGUGCCAUGGAUCGAGCUGCUAAUUUCAGCUUUAGAAACACACUGGAAGGUUUUGCCAAUCCACUUACUGGCAUAGCAGAUGCAUCUCAGAGCAGCAUGCAUAAUGCUUUACACAUCUACAUGAACGGCACAAUGUCCCAGGUACAAGGAUCAGCUAAUGAUCCCAUCUUUAUUCUUCACCAUGCCUUUGUGGACAGUAUUUUUGAACAGUGGCUACGAAGACAUCGUCCACUGCAAGAAGUUUACCCAGCAGCUAAUGCACCCAUCGGACACAACCGUGAAUCCUACAUGGUCCCUUUCAUCCCUGUCUAUACAAAUGGAGAGUUUUUUAUUCCAUCCAGAGACCUGGGAUAUGAUUAUGCCUACCUAGCUGACCCAGCACCUGACUUCUUUCAAGAAUUUGUUAAGCCUUACUUGGAGCAAGCAAGACAGAUUUGGCAGUGGCUUGUUGCGGCUGCUGCCAUUGGUGGGGUGCUUGCUGCAAUCAUCAUAGGGCUUGCCAGCUUUUUGUGCCAAAAGAAGAGAAAGAGGUUCUCAGAAGAAGAACAACCCCUGCUCAUUGAGAAAGAAGACUACCUUAGUGGGUCUUAUCAGACUAACUUAUAG